CUAUAAGGGGUGUGUCUUUCUUUGAUUUUAUUAGCACUUUAAUAGCAGCUGAAGAAGAAGUACCCUGUGCCCCGAGAAAAAUACAUUAAAAUCUGAUCAUGGACAUGGAGGCUAUGGAUACUGCCGUCCGCAUGCCCAUUACAGGUGUCACACUCUAUGACAAUGGAUAUGCUGUAUUUGAGAGGCAGACAACGGUCAGUGGGAACGGGCAGAUUGAUCUCUACUUCCCAACGGACCUCAUGAAGAAUGUUCUGGAAUCGCUCGAGUUUUUAGGCGAUGCGUCAGCCAAUGUUGGUAAUAUUGCCUACGAAGCCACAAAACCGACUGCAAAUAUCGAGAUAAAAGAAACGGAGCCGCUACUGAGUUUGAUACGCUCACUUGUUGGCUGCCAGGUGGUGCUUCAAACUAACGAUGGGGCGGAGCAAGGGAUUGAGGGGCGUGUCCUCGGGAUUGAAGAGAACAUAAGCGUUAGAGGAGAGUCAACAUCACAGGAGCACGUCGCCUUGUACCUCCCAGGGGGACGCCUAGGGAUGUACCCCUUGGAUAGCAUUCGUAAUGUGUGCCUCUCUGAGGAACAAGUCCGUCAGGAUAUAUCCUUCUCUUUGGAUCUCACUAAGAACAAAAGCAGGGAGGACAUGCAGAAACUCUCUGUGUUUUAUUCAAACGUGGAUUCUCCCAAGAAUCUCAUUGCCAGGUACGGGUUUCAGGUCAGUGAAUGGAAGAGCUCCUAUCGUAUGUCGUCAGAUCCUCGUCAGCCUAACCAGCUAAUGCUUCACGGACUAGCCAUCAUUGAAAACUCACUCUGGGAGGAUUGGAACGACGUUAAGGUCACUCUGGUUGUCGGUGCUCCUGCUAUCCACUCUGAGAAAGAGCAAAAUGAUGAAGGAGCCUGGCGUCUUGUUGUGAAAACCCUUGAUGGGUCUUCGAUAACUAUACGCGCCAAUCCAAAGGACUCUGUCCUCGCUGUGAAGAGUAAAGUGGCCAAAAAGAAAGGAGUGUCUCCUUUCUCUUUUAAACUCGUGUUUUGUGGUAAGGCUGUGGAGGAUGGUCGCUCUCUCUCUGAUUACACUAUCAAUGACAAUGCAGUCCUCCACAUGUCCUAUGUGGAUAGUAGGGGAAAGGGAGGAGGAGUAGCAGCAGCUGGAACCAUCUCACAGGCACAGUUUGUAAUGGCAGCCCAGGAUCACCUCUCCUACUAUCAGAUACCAAUGCAUGUCACUGCUCAGAGAAAGCAAAAGGCAAUCGUUACGAUGCUCCAGACUAAACUUGAAGGACAACAGGUGGUCCUAUACGACGAGACGAUAAGAAAAGGGAAUCCACUGUCCUCCAUUUUAUUUGAGAACACCACAGGUCGUACACUAGAGGGAGGCAGUGUUAUAUUAACAACUGCUGAAGCUUUCCUGGGGCAGAGUACCCUACCCACUCUUAGCCCAGGAGAUGAGUCUCCUCCCAUACCUUAUGCAGUGGAGCUCGGCUGUGAAGUAUCUAAAGGUAACGACAGUACUUAUCUACGUCCUCACCGCAUUGAGAUUGUGGAUGGAAACGUUGGCCUCUAUAGGAUACAUAGGGAGGUUACCAUAUACCGUAUUUCAAAUAAGAGCGAGAAGCAGCUUGACUUCCUUCUCAACCACCUCUUCCUUGAGCAGUAUGACCUGGUUCAGAAUCCCAACAACGAGGAGGAGGAGCCUGUUGACAUCACCGACAGGUUCUACCAGUUCCGCUUUCAAGUUGAUCCAAAAGUUGAGAAGAAGUCUUUCCUAGUCCGUGAAGAGAUUACAGACAGGAAGGAGCAUGGUAUUCGCGGCCUUGAUAAGGAGGAAUUCGAUCGCUGGGUUUCCAAAUCUUACUUGGAUGCACCGACGACUGAGUCUUUGAAGAAGACCUUUGAAUUGCGCAAGCAGAUUGGAUUCUGGGAGAGAGAUAUAUUUGAGAAGGAGGGAGAGGAGAGGGAGAUAAACAGGAAUCAGAGUCACAUAAGAGAGAAUAUAUCGGCACUUGAGAAUCACACCAAACAAGCUGCUAAGUAUAUCAACAGUCUUGAGGAGGAGGAAGAGAAGCUUAAAGCCGCUAAGGAAGGGGUGAAGAAAGCUAGGGCUAAGAAGAAGGAGCUUGAAAAGCAGUUGACUAAUCUAAUUGCUUCUAUCAAAUUUGAAAAGAAUAUCCCCAAACCAAAGGAUACCUUGUCAUCAGCUGUACCAAUGGAGCAGUGACCGUGUGACUAUAAAAAUACUUAUUAUUUAAUCUCCAGUAGUUAGCCAUAGUUGAUUUUAGUUCCCAGUUUAGUAGAUCAUAUAUUGGUUUAUAGUUUUUGAUUAUGAUUAUACCAAUUAUCACAUAAUAGUA